ACACAUAGAGGGAGAGAGAGAUCCGGCUGACUUCUCUCAGUUCCUUACAAAAUCGCAAAUAUUUACAUUCUUAUCCGGACGCUGAAUCAGUGCCUUUAAAGAAAGCUUUGGAGAGCAGCCACAUAUAUCCCGGAUGGAUGCACGAGCGAUUGCUUUGCUUCACAGCUGAACGUUAAUCCUAUAGGCUAUUUGUGACAAGCGCUGAAAUAUAUUGUGUUUUUGUUCGUAACGGGGUUCUCCGAGAUGCUGCCGUGACGUAUGCGGCUCUCGGCCAAUCACAAUCCUUAGAUAAAACAUAACCGACCAGCAGCACUUGUCAGUGAGGGGAAAAAAACCCACCGCGAAAUGCAGGUCUAUCUUCUUCCAGCAGCGUUGAAAUAAACCAAAAGCGUUUCACAUACAGAUUACUGUGCUCUUUUGAAAGGAAUAUACCAGCAUUUCUACGAACAUUGAACAUUUUGUUUUCAUCUCCCUUCGUGCUUCGUCUUAUUUGAAGUAUGUCUGUGGCGGGGUUUAAGAAGCAGCUGCACAAAGCGAGUCAGUUAUUGAGUGAGAAGAUAAGCGGUACAGAAGGGACAAAACUCGAUGAAGACUUCAUGGAAAUGGAGCGGAAAAUAGAAGUCACCAACAAGUCUCUUUUUGAACUUGUUACUAAAACCACAGAAUACCUUCAGCCAAACCCAGCAUCAAGAGCCAAACUGGGAAUGCUCAACACCGUGUCUAAAAUCAGAGGGCAGGUGAAGACGACGGGUUAUCCUCAGACUGAAGGGCUUUUAGGAGACUGCAUGCUGCGAUAUGGACAGGAACUCGGGGAGGAGUCCACUUUCGGAGCUGCGCUGGUGGACAUUGGUGAAGCCAUGAAGCAGAUGGCUGAUAUUAAAGAUGCUCUCGAUAUCAAUGUGAAACAGAACUUCAUUGACCCACUUCAGACUCUACAAGACAAAGACCUCAAAGAGAUUGUGCAUCAUCUGAAGAAACUGGAGGGUCGACGGCUAGACUUUGACUAUAAGAAGAAACGUCAAGGCAAGAUUCCUGAUGAGGAGAUCAAACAGGCUGUGGAGAAGUUCGAAGAAUCCAAAGAACUUGCUGAGAGGAGCAUGUUCAACUUUUUGGAGAAUGAUGUGGAGCAGGUGAGUCAGUUAUCGGCUCUGAUUGAGGCAGCGCUGGAUUACCAUAGACAGUCCUUGGAGAUCCUGAAAGAGCUCAACAGCAAGCUACAGAACAGGAUAUCUACUGCAAGCACUCGGCCCAAAAAAGAGUUCAAGCCAAAGUCGAUCGUGUCCAGUUUGGAGACUGUUGAAAGCACGCAGCACAAUGGACUUACCCACACCUUAUCAGUCAAAAGCACAGAUAUCCAAGUCAACCACACUGUAAAUGGAAAAAUUGAUGAGUUCACACACACAGCUCCCAUGACUCUAUCAUGGCCUGAAAGCCCCAAUGGUGAUAGCAUACAGAGCGAGUCACACUUGGACCAGCCCUGCUGUCGAUCGCUCUACGACUUUGAGCCGGAGAACGAGGGUGAGCUGGGCUUCAAAGAGGGCGACAUCAUCAUCCUCACCAAUCAGAUCGAUGAGAACUGGUAUGAAGGCAUGAUUAACGGCGAAUCGGGCUUCUUUCCCAUAAACUACGUUGAGGUCCUCGUGCCCCUGCCUCAAUGAGCCCCGGGUCACUCACGCCAAACCAGACUGACUGAACCGUCCACUCACCCAACAUCCUCUGCUGCAUUAUCACCAAUGAAAGCCUUGCGUUUGACCACAGACAAUUUUGAAGCUUUUACAUUUCAGUAUUUAUUUAUGUUAUUAUGCUUUCCAGGCCUCACGGUGCAACAUCUAGAUUUUUAAACAGCAAAAAAUAAUUAAUCAGUGUUUUUUCUUUGGUAAAAUAUCUAAACAUCUUUAAAACUAGAUACAUUUAUUUUUAAACGAAAAAAACUUGUUUUUCCAUUUGUUGUUAAAUUUUUUAAAAUUUUCUUUUUUAGAUUUUCAGGCUUGAAAAUAUUGCUGAUUUUGUAAGCUAUAUAUUCUGAAAACAACAUUAUAUACAAAAUUUAGUUUAGAGAGCAGCAAGUAAAAUUAAUAACUUUAAUUUA